AUGGAACGAACCUCCGAGUAGCGCCCCACCCCCGUUGUUCGUGCACCUCGACGCCACAUGAUGCUUCAACGAUAGCCAAACGAGCUGCAUUUCCUGACAAUGCCGCCGCCAUGGUCUUUCCUCCACCGCUUCCCUCACAAAUCUGCGCCAGCAAUUCUCAAUCCCAAAACAUGGGCGCGUAACGCUCUCCUAGUCGGAAAAGUAGCCCUCUUUACACAUGUCUUCUACUCCUACAUCGGCGGCGUUGGCUCCACGACCGGCAUCUCUAUGACGCCAACCAUCCCACACUCUUGGAACGGCCACCCGUGGAUUCUCUACUCCUCUCUCCACCGGCGCGGCCGCAACAUCAAAGUCGGCGACAUCAUCACCUAUACCAACCCCAUCUUCCCCAACGAAAGCGGGUGCAAGCGCGUCAUUGGGAUGCCGGGGGAUUUCGUGUCUGUCAUAACAAAUGGACGUGGGGAAGGCGAUGUGGAGGCUAUAGACACGGAAGGGAAAUGGGCACGUGUGAAAGAGCAAGUGGUGAGGGUACCGGAGGGGCAUUGCUGGGUUGCGGGUGAUAAUCUGGAGUGGAGCCGGGAUAGUAGACUGUUUGGGCCGUUGCCAUUGGGGUUGGUGAAGGCGAAGGUGCUGGCUGUGGUGUUGCCGGCUAGGGAGGCGAAAUGGGUUGGUAGUGAGGUGAAUGUCGUGGAUCCGACAGAGGGAGAGAGGGAGUGGGUUGCACAGUAAAAGGCAGAAGCACUGUCGAGAGAAGAUAUAUAUAUAUGAUUGUAAGGGUAGGAUUCGGAGGGCUUCAUGCCCAUGUUUGAGAUCGUAAGAUACCCCUUCUCAAUUCCAAGGAAAGCUGACUAUUUACAUUGGGCUUGGUCAGGGCCAAUAGAAUCUAAAAACUUUCUAUAAGAACAGCCAAGAACUCUACUAUAAUUUGUUUCUACUGUUGGAAAGCAACAGCCCUUUCAGUCUAGAGAUAACACCAGUAAAUGCAAACGCCAAUAGCCAUGGACCGCAAAACUCCAACAAUGCCUAUUUAUAAAAGUGGAUCGCUCAGCUCGUUUUACAUCAUCGAGAUGCCAAUGUUACGCUCGCUACCCGAUAGUAGCAGACACUUGUCGAAACUAGCAAUGCCAACCUGAACUGAACUCGCUCCAAAACUUUCUUUGCCUGCGGGCCCAUC